GAUUUAAUUGAAACAUUCAAUUUAUCUAGUUUCGAGUUUCCGAUACCACAGUCAUAUUUAGCCAUAGGAGAAGAUGGCACACCAGAAGAACGAAAAGGGCUUAAAGCCGGUAAUCGUGGUAAACGAGAUUCACAGCUUAUAUUAAUAAAAUGGCUUAGCAAUAUAUUUUUUAACGAACGUAUGACACCAUUGGAAUUCGAAUUAUUUGAAAAAGUACGAACAUUAACGGGA